CUUUUACGUAAAUAUGAGAAGAUAUCGCUGUGUGUUUAAAGUGACAAAAUAUAAAGAAAAUGAAAAUUCGAGUAAAUCCUAAUUAGAAACCGAGUUUGAAAAUCCGAAGUUGUUAACAGAAAAUGAGAAUAUACUCCAAAUCAAAACAAGAAUCGGAAUUACGAAUAACAGAGCUGUUAUAUAUUUUGUUUGGUCUCCCUUUAGUAAAGAAAGACAGAGUGUGAAAUCCAAAUCUGAGAGAGAUAAUGACGAAAGUUGGCCAGAGAGAUUCUCCGGCGAUAACAGAGUCUUCGACGCCGACGGCUAAAAAACGAUUUUGGACUCCGGGAAGAUUCGUUGCGAUCUUGUGUAUCAUAAACCUGAUCAAUUACGUGGAUCGAGGAGUGAUCGCAAGUAAUGGUGUCAAUGGAAGCUCAAGAACAUGUGACGCCAAAGGGCUUUGCUCUGCAGGAACUGGAAUUCAAGGAGAGUUUAACUUAACCAACUUUGAAGAUGGUCUCUUGUCAUCUGCGUUUAUGGUUGGGCUUCUUGUGGCUUCUCCAAUAUUCGCUGGAUUGUCAAAAAGAUUCAAUCCUUUUAAACUAAUCGGUGUGGGGUUAACUGUCUGGACUCUCGCCGCUACUGGUUGCGGGUUCUCUUACAACUUCUGGAUGAUUGCUGCUUUUCGAAUGUUUGUUGGUGUUGGUGAGGCUUCUUUCAUCAGUCUUGCAGCACCGUACAUCGAUGAUAGCGCUCCUGCUGCACGGAAAAAUCUGUGGCUUGGACUGUUCUACAUGUGUAUACCAGCAGGAGUUGCUUUAGGCUACGUGUUUGGUGGAUAUGUUGGAAACCAUUUUGGAUGGCGUUGGGCGUUUUACAUUGAGGCAAUCGCAAUGGCUUUCUUUGUUGUACUGUCCUUCUGUCUCAAACCACCUCAGCUAAAAGGUUUUGCUAAUAAAGAUCCGAAGAAGCCCUCUACAUCUAUUGAAACAGUCGCUCUUACAGAUGCAGAAGCUUCACAGAUCAAAACCGAAACCCCCAAAUCCAAGAAGAGUCAGAACCUGGUAGUAUUGUUUGGAAAAGACUUGAAGGCUCUUUUCAGCGAGAAAGUAUUCAUCGUGAAUGUUCUUGGUUACAUCACCUACAACUUUGUCAUCGGAUCUUACUCGUAUUGGGGACCAAAAGCUGGUUUUGGUAUCUACCAAAUGAAAAAUGCUGACAUGAUUUUUGGAGGGCUUACAAUCAUUUGUGGGAUCGUUGGAACGUUAGGUGGAAGUUAUGUGCUUGAUCGCAUUAACGCUACACUUUCUAACACCUUCAAGCUACUAGCGACAUCUACAUUAUUCGGCGCAGCGUUCUGUUUCGCUGCUUUCUCCAUGAAGAAUAUGUAUGUUUUCAUCGGUCUCUUUGCAGUGGGUGAAAUUCUAAUCUUUGCACCACAGGCUCCAGUUAACUUUGUGUGUCUCCAUUGCGUUAGACCAAACUUGAGACCAUUGUCAAUGGCUGUUUCAACUGUUUUGAUCCAUGUCUUGGGCGAUGUUCCUUCUUCCCCUCUUUUUGGAAAAAUGCAGGAUCGUCUCAAAAACUGGAGAACAUCAACUCUUAUUAUUACUUCAAUCCUCUUCCUCGCAGCUAUUAUUUGGGGUAUUGGGAUAUUUAUGAAGAGUGUGGACCGGUCUAAUGAAAAAAGUGAUGAUGAUGAAGAAGUCGAAGAAGAGAAAUUGGAAACCAAAGCAGACAACAACUCAUCUCUUGUCUAAAGUUUUGAAGACAUUCAUCAUUCUUUCUUCUGACCAAAUAAUUUUUUUAGAUUUCUUUUGUUCCACAUUGUUUAACUGAACAACAAUUCAUUUGAUUCAAUUUCUUCUCCAGAGCUUCUCAGUUUCUUUUGUGUACAUAAACUAAUUUCUUGAAUAAAAAAAUUAUUUUAAAUGGAUGGGAUUUUGUGUUCUUUA